AUGGAUUCGCCGCACCGAACAGUGGCUUCUCCUCCGUCGCCGCAAGGCCGCGAUUCCACCGCCAUUCUCUUCACCUUCCUCUCAUUCUUUGCCGUUGUCGCUCUGGUUUUGGUUCCUUCAGCAUCACCAUCCUUCCAAAAUACUUUAACCAUUCUGCACCAAGUCCCUGAAGGUCAUGUGGGUGUAUAUUGGAGAGGAGGUGCCCUUCUGAAAACAAUUACAGAGCCAGGUUUCCAUCUAAAGAUGCCUUUUCUUACUCAGUAUGAACCUGUUCAAGUGACACUUCAGACGGACCAGGUGACUGAUAUACCCUGCGGUACCAAAGGAGGUGUUAUGAUCAAUUUUGAGAAGAUUGAGGUUGUUAACCGACUCCAUAAGGAAUUUGUCUUUGAGACAUUGCUCAACUAUAGUAUACAUUAUGAUAAGACAUGGAUAUAUGACAAGAUUCAUCAUGAGAUCAAUCAGUUCUGCAGCUCUCACAGUCUUCAACAAGUCUAUAUUGAUGUGUUUGACCAGAUUGAUGAAAAGAUGAAAGAUGCCCUUCAAGUUGACUGCACCCGCUAUGCUCCAGGAAUUGAGAUCAUAAGUGUCCGGGUCACAAAGCCAACUAUUCCAAAUAGUAUAAGACGCAAUUUCGAACAAAUGGAAGAGGAACGUACUAAGGUCUUAAUUGCUAUUGAGAAACAGAAAGUAUCAGAGAAGGAGGCAGAGACUAUAAAGAAGAUGGCCAUUAGCGAGGCUGAGAAGAAUGCCAAUGUUAGCAAGAUCCUUAUGGAGCAAAAGUUGUUGGAAAAGGACAGCACUAGAAGACAAGAAGAAAUAGAGAAUGCAAUGUACCUGGCCCGUGAAAAGAGCCUGGCAGAUGCAGACUUCUACCGAGUAAUUAAGGAAGCUGAAGCAAACACCUUGAAGCUUACCCCUGAAUUUCUUCAGCUUAAAUUUAUUGAGGCCAUUGCUAAUAACACAAAGAUUUUCUUUGGGGACAAGAUUCCUAAUAUGAUUUUGGAUCAGAGGCUACUUGGAAACUUACUUCAAGUAGUUUCUAGAGGGACAACUACGACAGCCAAAUCAGAUAUCUGA